AUGUAUCUUGAGCACUCUCAUGUGGUUUUCCCCCAUCUAGAUUUACCAAACCGUCAAGAUGAAUAAAAGGAAGAAAGAACCGUCAGAAGGAAACAGUGAACUCAGUGUUUCCAAAGCAAAAAGAAGCCUUAGGGAGAAUUCCCAGCUGACAGCAGAGAAUAAUUUUGAAAUACCAGUACAACCUCAAUCCAAUGAUUCCGAAAGAAAAUCAAAACCAACCACAGCAGGAACAAAGCAGGAACGGUCAGAGAAAAGCCAGGAAAACCCUGAAGCUUUAGCAGUAAACUUGCAAACAAGCUCAAAUGAUGAAGAAAGAGAGACUACCUCUGAGCCGAAACAGUUAAGUCAGGCACAGGAGUUCAUUUCUCUUCCUUUAUCUCAGAAUUCAGCAGGAAAGUUUGUGCCAGUCUUCGCAAAACUAAAGAGAGGUUUGACUGAAACACCUGAGAGAAAUGAUGGAGAAACAGCAGGGUUUCAUACAGAACAGACAGUAAUGAUGCACAAACUUCAGGAAAUAUUAGACUCUAAUCUCCAAUGCACAGGCAGCAAUCUGGCAUGUGAGUCCUCAGAAGCAGAUAUGCAGGAUGCAAAGUUCUUACCAGAGUCAUUUCAGUUGAUGGUGUCCAAAGUGCAAGAAGCUGGAGAUAUGGAAAUUUCUCACGGUCAGAAAUGUACUAGUGAAGGGCUGGAUGUUAAAACUCAGAAUGCGCAGAAGAUUAAAAACAUAAGCACCAAGGCUGCUAUGAUAGGUGAUUCUCACCAAGGAACAGGGAUAGCAUUUAAUUUACAAGAAGACAGCUGUGACAAAAACACCUUCGUGGAACUUGUUCACUUAUUUCCAGAUACUUUAUGUCAUGAGGAUGCAGGCAGUCAUGAAAACAGGAACCUGUCUCUAGGGUCACUUGAAUGCCCGAUUGAAAAGGAUGUGAGCUGUAGUAUACUAACAGAAUACAGAAUUUCUAACAGAGGUAAAGGCAAUCAAAAUGAAGACCUGAAUAGUUGUCUUGAGAAUGUGGACCAAAAGAUACCCACAGAGGAUGAAAUUGCCAUAAAACUAGGCAACUUUGUUAAAGAAGAAAAAGAGACUGAGAAUGUGCAUGGGGAAGUCAUAGAUCUGAUGGAUACAAGCAUCAAAAGCAAAAUGGAGAGCAACCUAAUGAAACCUCAAUUUUUAGUAGAUUUAAACAUCACCACAGAUAAAGAAAAGAACAACUCAUGCACAAGGGGCAGAGGUGAAGAGCAACGCAGCAGUGACAAAGGAGCAGAGCAGACCAGUCCAUUCAAAGAUGACAAAGCUGCUGCAGAACAAAAUAGCCUUCACAGCAGUGGCAAAAUUGCAGAACACAGCGACCUGUGCAGCGCUGGUAAAAUUGCAGAUCGAAGCAGCUCAAAAAGCAGUGGCAAAACCACACAACAAAGUAGCCCAUGCAUAAGAGCUGAAGUUGUAGUAGAGCAAAGAGGCAGUUGCAAAGUUACAGAGCAAAGCAGCCCACAGAGCAGUGGCAGAGUCUUGGACCGAAAGAGCCUGCAAAGCAGUGGUAAAGUUGCAGAGCAAAGCAGCCUUCACAACAGUGGCAGAGUCUCAGAGAAAAUCAACAGUGACAAAGACGGAGAUACUUCUGGGAAGGAUUUUCUUAGUAGUACUCAAUCCAUGAUUGUUGAUCUGAAGAUGGAUGUAGAGGUUACUGAAUUAAAAAGCAUACAAGCUACUGAAACAACCUGUCUAUUCUGCAUACAAACUGAAGGGUGUGGUCACUUAGAGUGCAACAACACCUCAUUGCAAACAGCUUUUUACAAUGGAGAGAGUCAUACAGGCAAAGAAGAGGCAGAAAAGAAGAGCAAGACAUCUGAAGGCACCAGAGCAGAAUCUGACCCAAAUGCUUCAGCUGCCUUGAUUGAUAAUGGCUUUAUAUGUGAGAACAAUCAAGAAGAUUACAUCACUUUGGAGUGGGGGAAGGAAAAUGGAAGUCAGAAGGUGAGGCCUGGUAGGAAACAGUCACCAUUUGGUAUCUGUGACGCAAGACCUAAUCCAUUAGAAGUGAAACAGUCAAAUACAGAGAUUGUCCCACAGGCAGCAACUCAAAUUCCAGAGGCAGGAAUAAAGUCUUCUCCCCUUUUGUUUGGCCUCUCGUUGAAUGUAAAAAACAAUGAAGAAAUGGUCAUUUGUGAGAAAAAUAAAAUGGACCCUGUUCCCAUGGAAAAUUAUCUUUCCCCUAUAGAUGUUCUUGAGCAACUGGAAAGAGAAAAGGUGGUGGUCAAUCAUAAAAGAGAAACUGAUGCUAAUUCAGGUGUCUGGAAAUCUCUUUCUGCAGCAGAUACAGGUUUGUCUAGUGGUGCAUUGAGGGAUCCUUCCCCAGUGGACCAAACCUGCUCACUUUGGGAAGAUGCACUUUCUCUAGAUUUAGAAUUCUUGCCUGACAACCCGUUACAGACUGUCCUUGAAGAUAACAGAGUUGAAUUUCCACUAAAGCAACCAUUUUCUGUGGAUAGUAAUUGCAGUCCUUCCAUCCCUGAAAGUGAUCUGUAUCCUGAAAGAGAACGACGUCCAAAGACACCAGUCCAAAUCAUUAAUAUAUCAUACCCAAACAAGCUGCAACCCAGGGUUGAGAUGAUGGAGGGGGGUUGUGAUCCCACCAAAGAGGAAGAUGCAACAGAUGUUGUUUGUGGUCUGAUUAUUGAGCUCUCUAAUCUCAAUCGACUGAUAAUGAACACUCACAGGGAUCUGGAGUCUUUAAAGAGAUUGAAGUACAGAAAAAGCAGACAAUCCGGAAGGUUUAUUGCUCAUGGCCUGAAGGGAGCAACAAAUACUCUGUACUAAGUAAAAAAUGGAAGGCGCUCUAGGACUGUGCAUCAAAUCAGAGCUACAUAGCAGCAUUGCUGGGUUUAAUGGUCAGAGGUUUUGUUCUGGUGUUGCUUUUCCUCUCCUACAUUUGGCAUUUUGAACCUUAUUCUUAUUUACAUUCAGGGCCCUUGACACCACUCUAGCCAUGUUAAGGCUCCUUUUCACUGGCAGAAUGCAGUAAAGAGGCUGAACUAUAAAUGAGACUGAGGGCCAGUGUCUUAGAACCAAAUUCUUACUGUCUACUGGCUGAUUGCAGUACAGGAAUAUCCACUCAUCUCCUGCCUCCCCAAAAGGCACAUAUACAGAUUUCAAAAAACAGUUGUAUGCUCAAAUUCUGGUUGUAAACCCUUGGUCUUUCCCUUCCAACCUUGUCCAGACUAGAGGUUAAAGGUGAAAUGUUGAGCCAUUCUAGCUACCAUGUUUGAAAAAGUCUAGUGUAGACAAGGCAGCAUAUACAUGCUAAACUGUUCAAGGUAAACCCUAAUCUCCCUACUGAAGACUUCACCUCAAUCAGAUUAGCAUGUGUUUAAAGUCCCAGACUUUUGAAAAUACCUUUCAUCCACUUCUGUUAUGGAGCCCUUGCAGAGCAGGCUUUCUUCAUGUUUUCAGGGAAAACCAGAACUGAGGUGCUUUUUUCAGUCCUAUGACCCUGCAACAGCCUGGAUUUGUGCAGUAUUAUUCUGAUAUAAAUUAUGCAGAAAACAUUGGCCCUUGAAUAAAAAGUGA